CGAACCUGGAGCGCAGGCGCACUCGUGGCUGCGGCGUCCGUCGCGUCCGGGGUUGACGUUGCUCGGUGGAGGCGGGGACAGAGGGACUCGCAGAUGGCCCCACUACCAGGGGCAGAGCUGGUCCAGAGGCCGCUGCAGCUCUACCGAUAUCUGCUGCGCUGUUGCCAGCAGCUGCCAACCAAGGGCAUCCAGGAGCAUUACAAACAUGCUGUCAGGCAGAGUUUCCGGGUUCAUUCAGAUGAAGACAAUCCUGAGAGAAUCCAGCAGAUUAUUAAAAGAGCCAUUGAAGAUGCAGACUGGAUCAUGAACAAAUAUAAAAAACAAAACUGAGACACUGUCUGUCCUGAAGACAUUGAAGUGCAGAGACCUCGCUUCUCCUGAAACUCAGCAGCAGCAGCCGCUUUGGAAUAUCCAUCGGCCUCAUUGGCUGAGAGCAAGAAAUCAGGGGUAGGAGAAACUGACGUCAGCUCAGCCAGCUCUUCUUGCCACGUGUGUGUUCCCGGCAUCUUUUAUGUUCGCUUUCCUGGCCGUUGCCACGGGAGAUUUGGGGAAGAAUACAUUUUGUCACUUUGUUCUGAAGGUGCCACAUGAAUUCUGGAUGUUGUCCUUGGAGAUCCAGAGGAGACAGGGCAUGGGUUUUUGAACCAGUCAGGUCUGGAUUUGAAUCUCAGUUCUGCUCCUUGUCAAGGGUCUUGUCUUUGAGCUCAGCGUCCUCCCAUGUGAAGAUUAAGUAUGAGGAAGUUGAAGAGCUUCAUGCAGGACAGAGUACAUGGGGGUGCAAGUAAAUGUCCCUUCCCCAAGGAGGCUAUCCUCUAGUGCUCCUUCCUCCCCGCCCACAGUGCUCCGCAUGUCUCUCUGGUGCACUCCUUGUCUGGCCCGGGUGGUGUGCGGGCCUGUCCUGUCUUGCUUGUUGUCCCUGAACCCUCAUGGCCCCACCAUGCCCAGCACUCCACCAAACAGCUGUUCCUCUAGGCACUGUCCUCCCGUGAAGUCCUGGCCCGUGCCUUCAGGGAGUCUUUAGUGUCCCUGAAGUGGUGAAACACGGGCCACAUGGAACAAGGAAGAAGGGCAGAGCAGCUCCAACGGACGCCCAAGUGUGCAGGCUUCUGUGAAUCUGCGAUCUGGCGUGCUGGCCCUUCCCUGCUUUGCCACCGUCUUGGAAGGAAGGGUAGAGGCAGAGAGGAAAGGAGGGAGGUGGGGAGCAAGCAUUCUUGUGGAGUAUGAUGACCCUGAUACCCGUGGAGAGGCAGGCUGGGUCACAUCCCCCAAUUCCAUACAGUUUGCUCUUGGGGGAACUUACCUGGCUUGCUUCAGCCUUGGUUUCCCCAUCUCCAGUGCAGUGAUGCCCCCGCCCACCUGCCCGGGCUGCAGCGAGGAGCACUGAGCUCUAAUGUAGGCCAGGCCCUUCUUGCAGAAGCCAGCUCAGGGAGCCUGCUGCGCUGCCGUGGCCGGGUACCACGGUUAGGGAGACCCCCUUUGCCUAUGGGCAGGUGGAAGCAUGGACGGGUUGAACUCCAUUUCAAGGUCACCAGGCUACUAAGCAAGUUCUGUCUGAAUCUACCAAACACUACAGAUUUGGGAGGGAAGAAGGGGCAGCAAAGGGAGGAAAAGCUUCCAGGAAGGACUGGGGGGACUGGGCAGAGCAGGAGGAGCAGCUGAAAGUGGAGAAGCCACACUGGACUUGAGUAUCCCCAAGGACUCUCAGCCAGAGGGAUGAGCCAACACUUCAUGACCCCGCAAUGAAUUAUAAGACUUAAAGUGACUCAGGGACAUCUGUAUGCACUUGACUGAUCUGCAAAUAAUGAAGUAAAUAUAUCGAUUUCUGAAA